UCCCGUUAUAAUGAACACCACUUGUUGUCUGCGCGGGCAGUGCGUCGACCGUCGACCGCACGCCCUUCCACUCACGCGAAUGUAUCAUCUUCACACUCGAACAUAAUUUCGCGUGUAUAAAAGUGUGCUGCACUAAUUUCAUAAUAUUAUUACUCCUAGUUCAAUAAUUACAGUUUAAUUAAUAAAAUGUGUUGGAGAAAUUUAUCAGUUUACAUUCAUCUGGCGCUGAUAGCAUGCUGUAUAGCUGCAGACUGUGGUCCAAGAUUGAAAUAUGCGUGGGGAGACGCAUUACAAGGAUCAGACUGUCCCGGCCCAGAUGGCACCCCUUAUCCAAGGCACCUAAUAAACAGAGCAGUCAAGACCGGCCCGUGGGGCCAGACGCGGCAGGGCCGGGCCGCCCGGACCCUGGACCCCGCGCUAAUGAGGCGGGCUCUCCUGGACGCGCACCAGGGCUACUCCGAAGGCCUGGCCAAGGUCGAGAACGGCAAUAGAACAGGCCGUGGCAUCAGCAUGCCGAACAUCACUCCAUCACAGACCAGCGCUUGCGGCGGCGCGCGGCUGUGCCGAUCGCGUUACAACACUACAGCACCCAUGUACGGCGUCUCUCUGACGUCAGGGCAGCCCGUCACCAUCGUCCAGAAGUUUCCUGAUUUACUGCAGCAGGUCGUGUUUGAGGUUUGCGAAUCAAGCGAGUGCUCUCUGGUUCGUGGGUCCUGCACGCAAACCUACAUCCCCUACUUAUUCCUGGUUCUCCCCCUUGGCCCGGUUACCCUCACCGGUCAAGACUACGUGCUAGUCGAGUCUGGUUGUGUAUGCAGACCUGACCCCAUGCCAUAGAACUGUCCAAAAUUAGGUAUCAACAAAGCACCUUCCGAAAUUACGAUUAGUUCCGUGAAAUAAGUAUUAUUUGGACUUCCCCAAAACAGGUAUAUUUUAUUGCAACAACAUUUCACAGUUAUGGUAUUAGUCUUGAAACUCCGGGGACGACCUUUUUAUCAAAUUCUUAAGCAUAUUCAAUACCAUCAGUAUUAACCUUAUCAAUUUCAUCAUCAUCAUCGUCAUCAUUAUUGAACUAAGUAUUAUUAUUUCGUCGAACAUUGGUGCAAGCUUGGACAUUGGACAU